AUGGGUCUGCUACGUGUACUGGCACCCGCAUCUUUAGCUGUGCUACUGGCAGUACAGACACCCUCAGAAGCCAUUAUCUUUCAACUUGAUAGACAUGUAGAGGAGUGUUUCCACGAGUAUGUGCGUACUAAGCGCACGGCCUUUAUGAGGGUCGGUGUGCUGGAGUCCCCUGGCACGUACGACGUGCGACUGAAGGCGUUUGGCCCGUUCUCCUCGUACCCCGAGCAAGAACAAGUGGACAUGAAAUUCUUUGAUCAGUUGGUGGUGACACCACGUGAUGAACAGAACCAGAACAUUGAACGCAGCGGUUUCAACUUCCAGUCGGAGAACCGAGGAGGAUGGUACCGCUUCUGUCUCGACAAUUCGCAUGCGGGCAACGAAAAGCUGAUUGAGUGGUACACAUCAUAUGAACUCUCGAACGAAGAAGAUUUGGGUGACGAGGACAAGUUGGAGAAGCAGAUACGCCAAGAGCAUUUGGAAGGUGUGAAGACAUCGCUCGAUCGAUUGCAGACAUUGUUAAGCCUGAUUCGCAAUGAGCAGGACUACUAUCGCACUCGUGUUCACCGCCACGUUCAAACCCUUUACAGCAGUGAGUCUCGUAUCAUUUACUACACAAUCUUUGAGCUGGCUGUGUUGGGUGCCAUGUAUGGUGCGCAAUCCUUCCUGCUACACAAGUGGUUCAGCGAUCGUGGCUACCUCUCCAAGCACCAAUGGGCGUAA